AUGGGAGGUUCUUCAGGAUCAGGAUCAGGAGGAGCUGAGGCUAUAUUCGGACCUUCUACACACACACGGACGAGGGACGCGGCUUUAUUUGCGACGAGGGACACACAGACGAGGGACACACGGACGAGGGACGCACGGACGAGGGACACGGACGACGGACGAGGGACGCUGGAUCUUCUAAAAGGUUCUUUUCCUAGCACUAGAACGCCGCUGGAGACUUCAUCACAAGUGACUUUGCUGGGGUCACCUUCACCGUCACAACAAGAUCGAGAAGGAAAACUGGUGGAACAACUUCUUCUGCGAGGUUCACAAAGAGGAGUCGUGGAAGAAGACACAAAAGUGGGAGAGGAUGACGAGGAGGUAGAUUUCGGUGUGAUAAAUUUGAUGUGGCUGGGUAGUCCUUUGCCUGCCAAGUACCGUACAACUUUAGAAGAAGCCGCGAUCGCUUACGUAAACACGAAGUGGACGCUGCGUCUCUGGUUCGAUUCAGCGCACUUAGAGGCUGGAGAAGUUCAGGAUUUGAG